GAUUCGGCACGACCACACCAGCUACCAGAACAGGCAAACUUUUUCUGAUAUUUUAUGGCCCCAUUGGCUGUGCAGGGGCUAUCUUAUUCUUCAACUUAUUCCUGGAGCGUUUGAUCACAGUCAUAGCAUGUGUUUUGAAGUCUUGCCAUGAGAGGCAACUAAAGCGAAAAGGUACACUUCCUGGAGGUGUCCAGCAGGCUGUUGGGAGUGAUGAAAUGGGCAGCUUAGCUGGAUGGAAGCCUUCUGUGUAUUAUGUCAUGCUUAUCUUGUGCCUGGCAUCAGUCAUUGUUUCCUGUAGUGCCUCUGCUAUGUAUUCAGCAACAGAAGGAUGGAGUUAUGCUGAUUCCCUUUAUUUUUGCUUUGUGGCCUUCAGUACUAUUGGUUUCGGUGACCUGGUGAGUGGUCGGAAUGCAUACUACAAAAAUCAACACCUUUACCAGAUUGGCAAUUGUGUCUUCAUACUCAUGGGGUUAUGUUGUAUCUAUUCCUUAUUUAAUGUGAUUGCCAUUGUCAUCAAACAAUUCUUAAACUGGUUAUUGAAGAAAAUGGGCAACACAUGCCGUAAGUGCCAAAGAAAACUCUUCAGGUCACGGAGGAAUGUUGUGAUGCCAGGGGCUGUGCGGAGCCAGCGCAACAUAUCAAUUGAGUCAGAUGAUGUCCUUGAGAGUGACACAGAAGGACACAGAAUGUCUGGUGAAAUGAUUUCCAUGAAAGACCUCUUAGCCUCUAACAAAAUAUCACUUGCCGUCAUGCAAAAACAAUUGUCUGAAAUGCCCUCUUCUUACAGACCAACAGGCUCAACUUCUAAACAAAAUGGAUUCGCAGGUGGUGUAGGUGCUUUGGGAAUUAUGAACAAUAGAUUGGCAGAGACAAGUACUGAUCGGUAA